CACAAGCACACACACCAUACACACCUUCACACACCUACACUAACACUUGAGUCUGCCACUGCGGUCACAUCGUCUAACUAUCCUUCACCAUGUCUAUUACCAUCUACUUCAGCAGUGUCAGUGGCUCCAGAGAGGUAAAGGACCAGCAAAAUAAAAUUUUCCAGUACCUUGAUUCUAAAAAUAUCAAGUACUUUGCCAAGGACAUCACUCAGAAUACUGAAUUAAAAGACGAGAUGAGGCAGAAGACAGGGAACCCUAAAGCCUUGACUCCUCAGGUCUUUAAUGGAAAUAAAUACUGUGGGGACUAUCAGGCCUUCUUCGAUGCAGUGGAAGACGGCAAGCCAGAGACGUUCUUCAAACUUUAAAGCAAAAUCAGUACUUAAGCCUCUGCUUUAGGGCUUUGUGCAAUAGACAGACAAAAUAUAUUAAAAAGCCCAAAACCUGCCACAUGAACAAAUUUACACGCUUGCAAAUUUGAUUUCCUGUAGCUGAUACAUAAAAAUAAUAAAUGCAUAAAGUAAAAGAGGCUUGUUAGAAUUGGAACUAAGUGUUCAGAUUUAUCAACAGGAGAUUCAUUUUUUAAAAUAAACAGAUGUUAAAUAUUUAAAUAAAUUAUAAUGUUUCACAUAUAAAUCUAAGGCAAUUUGGUCGAUUUUAUGAUGUCUUUAAUAUCAGAUUUGAUACAGAUAUAGUAUGAGUAUUAAAUUUAGUUUAUUAAGUACAUCUACAGUAAGUGUUACAUUAUAUACUUGCAGAUGUGUUGAUUAGUGUUUUUUUUUCUUUGCUAUGGUGAAAAUACAAAGCCAAAGUAAGAUCUUUUUUCUCCUUUGAUUUUGAGGAUCUUUAUUUGUUCACAUCUUUUUUUGCUUGGAAUGUGUAAGGUGUGUUAAAAAAAGUAAAAAGAGAGAGAAGGAAAUAAAUGUGGUUAAUGU